ACCAAACUCAUCAACUUCUAAAAGACAACGAAGUCACCCUAAACUUAUUCAAAUAAGUAUAUCUUCAUAUUCAUAUUUUCGUCGAGACAAUGCCACAGGCCAUCGCUGAGCAGUGAAUCCCCACUACAGCAUGCUCAACCGGGCAUGUCUGUAGUCCUUUCAGCCAACGAGUAAACUUCCCCAAUCUUAUACAUUCGAUCUUGACGAGAUAAUCCAGACUUUCACUGUCUAUCAGCCAAUUUGAUAGAUUGAUUAAGAUAUCAAUUGAGAGUUUGAAAAUUCAAUCACAAUUUUUCGAUCGAGUUCCCAAUCUUGCCAUUUCCCUUCUCAAGGUGAGGAGGCUCUCUUCGAACGAACAAACAAAGAUACCAAAAAUUACUCAUACCUGCAAUUUUACACAUCUCCUAGAAGCUUUAAAAUCGGCUUAAUCACAAUUCGAGGUCAUCUUUUGAUACACUCAAUUGAUACCAGCACGACAUAUUUGGUAGAAUUAUCACUGCUAUUUCUGGACCUUUACAUCUCCACAUCUGCAAAUUUACUCUCACCGCCGAUACUUUAGGUCAAACGCAAUUAACCCCACAACAAAAUAUUUCUUGCAGAUCAUAUUAAAACACAAACCACAAUGUCUCGAAACACACAACGGGAGUCUUUCAAGACUCCUCCCAGAUCAAAAAACUCAAGGAAGCCCAAGAAAAUCACUGAUUACUCCUCCGACUCUUCAUAUGCUGGCGUGGAUCUGAUCAGUGAUUCCGACGACAAUGAUUCAGAUGACGAGCCCGAUGCAUUCAGGCGGGCCGGGGGGUCAAGGAUCGAGCAGUAUGAAGAAGCUGCUAUGUUAGAAGAGGAUGACGAUUUGGAGACUAUCGAAGAAGAUACCGAUGCACAGGACACACCUCGGGCAACAAAUAACGAUGAAGAAUGGGGAGGAUUUGAGGAUUCCUCGGAAGAAUUACUCGAGAGUCCCGGGUUUUUUGAAGACAAUCUGCUCGGCAUACAGGGUGCCAAAAAGCGGGUUACAUUCGCCGACGACGAUUCAGAUAGCAGCAUCUCUGAGGAUGAAUCCGUCAACUGGCAUCCCGAUCUAUUCGAAACGAACACUUCGGCCCAAGGCCCCUUUUUAAGUGCAGAUGCGCUCCCCCCUCAUCUUGCCAGAGGCUUGGAUGAUAACACAUAUAAUGAUGAUCCUGACUCGGACACGGAACAAUGGGGAAAUGGGAACAAUGAUUCUGAUGACUCCGAAGGGAGUGAUAGUGAUGAUUCCGUUGCAUCUGGGUAUCAAUGUAAGUGGAGUCAAACUGAGCUUGUGAUUUCCGAGCCCAGUUGUUGUGCCGUAUACUAAUAACAAUGUUUCUGCAGCUGAUCUUGGUGAUGAUUUUGGUGGAGACACAACUGAUGAUGAAGAUUGGAGAGAGAACCGUCCAGACGCCGACGACUCCGUUCCUAGAGGCGACUCGCCAGCACCUCCACCAUGCCUUGGUUUUCGAAUCCAGCGGAAAAAAGGCCAACCUGAUGUCAUUACCUGGUAUCAUAAUACUGAUGUACCCUUUGUUAUAUUGGACGAGCAAGGAAAGGACCUUUUGAUGUACUGUUCCGACCCCACCAGACUACAAGAUAAAAACUCACCUUCACCCAUUAGAAACGGCAGUAUGGAACAGUACAACCCAGUCCUUAGCAACCAAGCAAACAUUAUGAUGAGUGCAGUGUCAGAUGGAGCAUCAGAAUUUGGAUCCUACCACACUGGUAACCCAGAGGCCUUCUUCGAAAACCCCCUUUACGUGGAUGAUAACGUCGGUCGCCCGACGAGCAGUUCAUCCAAUGAUGAAAGCGAAGACCAAAGUGAACCUCUCCAGUGGGGUGACUUGCUUCACAUGGAUGCGACAUUGACAGAUGAUGAGGAUGAACGUAAUGACGGUCCGGUCGAAGCGCCGUCAUCUACCCCUGCCCGACCAACCACUUCCGAUGGACUUCAUCCCCUUCUGAUACAUCUUGACAAGGGUACUAAUGUUGGUGCCUUUCGCCUCAAUCGACAAAACGAAAACCUUAUCAACAGCAAUACUAUCUCUAAGGAUGCACUUGCAUUUGGUACCUCCACAAUUAAAGGUGUCAAAAAUGGACAUCUAGAUUCUCUCACAAGUUCUCUAACCCCACGACGAAAACUCAAAGCCCUUAUGCCCUCAAGUCCCGCUGGUGACGUCGCUAAACGAAAGCGGAAAUCAAAUGGUUCAUCACAGGGACGUCAACCCCACAAGAGAAGUCGCAGCAAAGCGUAAAUAUCAUCGAUGCAUGUUUUACUACCAAUAUCGAGCUCACGAUUGCUUGAUUAUCAUUCCAUUAGCAAUGAUUCAUUACGACUGAUGGACGGCAUGACACCUUUUGACUGUCAUCCCUGGCCUCAGAUUUCUCUCCGUGUCUGAUAUUUUUCUUUUGCACAUUGUAUAUCUAAUAACGGAUGAGCUGGCGUUAGACAAAAGCAUGGGUCAUCGUACACAAAAGUUCAUAGACUUCGGUCAUGCUAUUAGGCAUAUAUACUGUCUGUUGGAGUAGGGUAUAUGACAAAAAGUUCUUUUACCAGUUUUCUUUUCCUUUUCCUUUGGCUUUUAUUUUCUUCUCGAAACUUGCACCUCUCGAAACCUGCAGAGUUUUUUCUUGAAUGGUGACCGAGUCGCACAAUUUUCUACCUGACGGACAUUUUCACCUGCAGAGGAAACUCUAUGUGGUGUAAUUUGUGUUUGAGGUGUAUGUUUGGAGGACAUCCAAAUUUACACCUUUUAGAAUUGUGCUGUUACUGUUCGCGAUGGCAUACACAAUUUGGGAUGGAAGAACUUCUCGGAUGUGGUCUGCCUGGAGCCGAUUUUUGUAUUCAAUCAACCAACUUUUGCUUCUUUAGCAAUGUGUCUAGUGUAGACCACCAGCGGGGAUCACCAGCUGAGACCACUAGCGGAAAGCGUUGCAUUUUCAUUGACAGACUAUCUACAGUUAGCAAAUCAAAAACAAGUUAAACUUUUACAUUGAGU